GAUAACAAAUCCUCCUCCACUUAUCACAAUGAAUCUCCUCUGAUCUUAUUACAAAAUCUUUUGACUCUCUUCUUCCAGCCAAUAAAAUCUUUUCUGCUCUGCUCUUCUUUCUGCGAUUUUCUUCUCGUCUUAGUCCACGGUCCACCCAAGAUCUGACUCACUACUGGUUUGAGCUGAGGAUUCUGGACUGUAAUGGCGUCGUCGGUGUUGCAUACCAACGGUUUGGAGGUGGAGAAGAAGACGUCGGAGUGGGUUUCUGGGAGUUUGAGCAACGGCAAUGGCGGUGACUCAGAGAGUGGCGCCCAGAAGCCGUUUAAGAUCUUCAUAGGGUAUGAUCCCCGGGAGGACAUUGCGUACGAGGUUUGUCGCCAUUCCCUUCUGAAAAGAUGCUCAAUCCCCAUUGAAAUCCACCCCAUCAAGCAAUCUGAGCUGCGGCAGAGAGGGGUUUACUGGCGCGAGAGAGGGAAGCUAGAGAGCACUGAGUUCUCAUUCACCCGUUUCUUGACCCCAUACCUCGCAGAUUACCAAGGGUGGGCAAUGUUUGUGGACUGCGAUUUCUUGUACUUGGGCGACAUUAAGGAACUGAGAGAUUUAGCGGACGAUAAGUACGCUGUGAUGUGUGUCCAACACGAUUAUACCCCAAAAGAGACCACCAAAAUGGAUGGGGCUGUGCAGACAGUGUAUCCUAGGAAGAACUGGUCGUCCAUGGUUAUGUACAACUGUGGACAUCCUAAGAACAGAGUGCUGACACCAGAGGUGGUGAGUUCUGAGUCUGGGGCAUUUCUGCAUAGGUUCAUGUGGUUGGAAGAUGGAGAGAUUGGGGAUGUGCCCUUUGUGUGGAACUUCCUCGUAGGGCAUAACCAGGUUGUGGAGGGGAAUCCUGCAACACUCCCAAAGGCAAUACACUACACCCUUGGGGGGCCAUGGUUUGAGGCCUGGAAAGAGUGUGAGUUUGGAGAUGUGUGGUUGGAGGAGUUGGAAGACUACAACAAUAAGAAUUAAAAUGUGUUGGUUGUGUAAAGCAAAUUCAUUUCAUGCUUUGUGUGUAGUGUAGUAUUUGAUGAGUUCUUGCAAUAAGCUAGCUGCUAGUUUGUAGCUAUUGUGGUUAAUUGAUGUAAUACUGUAUGUGUCACAUAGUGUAUUUAUUCACACAAUGUCAAUUCUCAUGUCUAGUAAUCAAUCCAGUAACUGUUGUUAGUGGUUUAAUUUUGUUGUUA